AAGCAGUACCUGAAGAACGUCUCGGCCCAGAGGGACUGCUUCCAUGUGACUGCAGUGCGCCUGCCGGAUGGUCUGUCCUUCGUUAUCUACGAGUUCUGGGAUGGAGAGGAGGAGUGGAAGAGGCAUCUCCAGUCGGCCCCCAACAAAAGCUUCCAGCAUGUGAAGCCGAGCCCGGCUCCUCCCGGCCGUUCAGCUCCCGCUGAGCAGACCACACCUCUGAGCAGAAUCCGUUGUCAGAUCGACAUGCAAACUCAGGAAAAACAGAAACGUGAACCUCUGACAACUGUCCACCUAGUGCCCACCUCCCCGGGCCGGGAUCUUAGGUGGAUGAUAUUAGCU